UACGUACCCAUCAUGCUCAAAUCAGAUCUUCCAAAACUUGUGUGGCCCAUCGACUGCCCGGUAAAAAGUUGCAGAGCAAGCUUUUCGUCUUGCCUAGUGUCAAAUGUCAAAUAAAUUCGGGAAGAUGCCGAUUUAUUUCAAUGGUUUCUAAGAGAAACAAAUCAAAUAGACAGCUGAGAGCGUAAUAUGAAUGAUAAGAUCGUUCCCAUCUGUUAGCAUUUGCAUUAUACAGAGAUUGCCGAGUAGGGUUUGUGGAGCGGAUAAACUUUUUCCAGCAGAGUUUAGAGAUUUUCAGAGCUUUUUAAUUCAAUCGUUAUCUCUCAGGUUCAGAUAUCGAUAAUUAGUAUUGAAAUUAGAUCUCCGUAUCAAAUGGAGGAACCUGUUGCUAUUCUGAAGCUCCGUAUCAUAAAAGGAACCAAUUUGGCAGUUCGUGAUAUGUGGACCAGCGAUCCUUACGUUGUGGUCAGAUUUGGCCAUCAGAAAGUGAAGACCCGGGUUAUAAAAAAGAACCUGAAUCCAGUUUGGGAUGAGGAAUUGACUAUGUAUGUCACACAUUCUAUACCCCUGGUUCUCAAACUGGAGGUGUUUGACAAGGACAGGUUGAGCAGAGACGACCAGAUGGGUAAUGGUGAAGUGGAUCUGGCAGAUCUUGCAGGCGCUGCGAGAAUGCAAAAGACAAACCCAUCACCAUAUUUGGCAAUGAAGAAUAAGGAGGGUUCUUCUUGCAUUAAGCGUGUGGAUGGACAUGUGGUGCAGGAAGUGUGUGUGAAGCUUCAGAAUGUGGAGUCUGGUCAACUGGAUCUGCACAUCAAAUGGGUUGAUCUCACCGAUUAAUCCCCUAUAUUGUCUUCCUAGGAAACUAUACUUGUGGACAAAAUACAAGACUUUUAAAAGGUGGAAAUUAUGAUUCCAUGGAUACCUUUGCUGAUUGUAUAUAUAUAAACGUGAUAUGAUGGAGACAUUUCUAUUUGAAAAUUUGUACUAAGAGAUGAAGUUACUGAAAUUUAGCUCCGGAGUCUAAAAUGUAUUAGCAAGGA